GCUGGAGCAACGAUUGAAGUCAACCAAUGAUGGGCGAUAUGGCGAUGGUGUUUUUCUGACACUCCAAACAACAAUAUAAUAAUUACAUAAAAAAUAUAAAUAUUUGUGCUUGUGUGAAGAAUAAUUAUUAAAUCAAAAUAGAUUAAAUAAUACCGUGCGGUGAAGUAAAUUUUAACUAUAAAUAACAAUGUCUAUUGAAAUCGAAUCUGCGGAUGUAAUCAGGUUAAUUCAGCAGUAUCUCAAAGAAUCGAAUCUCGUGAAAACACUACAAACGCUUCAGGAAGAGACUGGAGUUUCCUUGAAUACUGUUGACAGCGUUGAUGGAUUUGUAGCUGAUAUCAAUAAUGGUCAUUGGGACACUGUUCUCAAAGCCAUACAGUCACUCAAAUUACCAGACAAAAAGCUCAUUGAUCUCUAUGAACAAGUUGUUUUGGAGCUCAUAGAACUCAGGGAGUUGGGAGCUGCUCGUUCUCUGCUGCGACAAACGGAUCCUAUGAUUAUGAUGAAACAGCAGGAAGCUGAACGAUAUAUACAUCUUGAAAAUUUGUUAGCACGCUCCUACUUUGACCCAAGAGAAGCUUAUCCGGAUGGUAGCACAAAGGAAAAGAGAAGAGCUUACAUUGCGAGCGCUCUAGCUGGUGAAGUGUCGGUAGUACCUUCGAGUCGUUUAUUGGCACUGUUGGGUCAGGCCCUCAAAUGGCAACAGCAUCAAGGUCUGUUGCCACCAGGUACUACCAUCGAUUUGUUCCGAGGUAAAGCAGCAGUGCGAGAUCAAGAGGAUGAAAGAUAUCCCACACAGUUAUCGAAACAAAUCAAAUUUGGACAAAAAUCACACGUCGAGUGUGCCCGUUUUUCACCCGAUGGUCAAUAUCUCGUGACUGGCUCUGUCGACGGUUUUAUCGAAGUCUGGAAUUUCACUACUGGCAAAAUACGUAAAGAUCUUAAGUAUCAAGCACAGGACAAUUUCAUGAUGAUGGAACAAGCUGUGUUGUCAAUGGCGUUUAGUCGUGACAGCGAAAUGUUGGCCGGUGGUUCGCAGGAUGGAAAAAUUAAAGUCUGGCGAGUUCAAAGCGGUCAGUGCUUGAGACGAUUCGAAAAGGGACAUUCGAAAGGGGUUACUUGUUUACAAUUCAGCAGGGAUAACAGUCAGAUAUUGUCUGCUUCUUUUGACACUACCGUUAGGAUACACGGUCUCAAAUCUGGUAAAACACUCAAGGAAUUUCGUGGUCAUGCAUCUUUCGUCAAUGAAGUAGUGUUUGCUCCCGACGGUCAUCACAUAAUCAGCGCUUCGUCGGACGGAACCGUAAAAGUAUGGAGUUUAAAAACAACCGAAUGUGUGGGAACGUACAAAUCAUUGGGAGCAGCUGAUUUGACAGUAAACAGUAUUCAUCCGCUGCCACGGAAUCCAGAACAUUUCGUCGUUUGCAACAGAUCGAACACAGUAGUUAUAAUGAAUAUGCAAGGUCAAAUUGUGCGAUCAUUCUCGAGUGGUAAACGCGAGGGUGGAGAUUUCGUUUGUACAGUCGUAAGUCCGCGUGGUGAAUUCAUCUAUUGUGUUGGUGAGGAUCUCGUACUCUACUGUUUCUCGACGUCAUCCGGAAAACUCGAAAGAACAUUAAACAUCCAUGAAAAAGACGUGAUUGGUUUGGCCCAUCAUCCCCAUCAAAAUCUGCUGUGUUCGUACAGCGAGGACGGUCUUCUAAAGCUCUGGAAACCUUAAAAAAAUGAAAGAAAUUAAGAAAAAACAACUGCCCAUCGCUUUCAGACAACUCCACUGUCUGCAAAAUUUUCCAUUUGAUCACACCGUUUUUGACGUUUAGAGAAAUAAAACGAACUAAAAGAACCAACAAAAAAAAAAGAGAAAAUUAUUCAA